AAAUACGGGCUCUGGCAAAUCGAAUUAAAAACAGACCAUCUCUGUUCUGUUCUGUCUCUGGUUGAGCUGGAGCUCGCCGUACUCUGCACGGACCAUUGCUUGACGUGUGGACGAAUCCAUUCAAAGCUAUAUCCUCCAUUACUAGACCUCCAUGUGAUCGUGUGGAGUUAGUGAUUUAUCUACAAGACGAGACCCUGAAACCAAGAACUCUCUGCUUCACCAUCGUCACCUUGAUCACCCCUCUGAAUCUCAUGGACACCCAGAAUCAGGAGAGAGCUGCUGAGUCAGUCGAACCCCCAAAGCUCGUUUUGUAUUCCAAUUGGCAGAGUUCUUGUUCUUGGCGCGUGCGCUUCGCGCUGAGCCUUAAAGGGAUCUCAUAUGAGUAUAAAGCGGUGGAUCUCAGGAAACAAGAGCACUAUACUGCUGAAUUUGAGAAGUUAAAUCCCAUGCACUUCGUUCCGGUAUUAGUCGAUGGAGAUAUCGCGGUUUCAGAUUCUUUUGCAAUUUUGCUGUAUUUGGAAGAAAAGUAUCCUGAGAGGGCAUUGUUACCUCGUGAUCCUCGAUUGAAAGCACUUAACCUCCAGGCUGCAAGUAUAAUCAGUUCUAGCGUACAACCUCUUCAGAUGCUGAAUGUGCUGAAGUACAUUGAGGAGAAAGCUGGCCCUGAAGAGAGGCUAUCAUGGGCUCAAUAUGCAAUAGAGAGAGGUUUCCAAGCUCUCGAGAAGUUGCUUGAAAAUGUUGCGACCAGAUAUGCCACCGGAGAUGAAAUGUGCUUGGCUGAUGUGUUUUUGGCCCCACAAAUAGCUACUUCAACCUCGAGAUUUCACAUUGACAUGGCCAAGUUCCCUACUUUGAGGAGGAUACACGAAUCGUACAAGACUCUGCCUGAAUACGAAGCAUCGUUACCGGAAAGUCAACCUGAUGCCACGAGCUGACCUGGGUAUCUCCUUCCCAAUCUCAAAGUUGGAAGCCGAAGAGUCUCGGUAUCAGGCGUCAUCUCUGCGAUGACGCUCAUUCUCUCGCUUUCCAUUGCACUGUCUGUGCCAUGGCAUGUGAGUUUGACUGUAAUCAUGUGUAAUAGUGACUUCCCAUUUUAUUAUGCUUCAUGGGUACGUAUGCUUAUGACCCCCUUGCUGGUGGUGCUUGUCCUUACGUUUUUGGUUGGUCGCCAGCCCAUGUUUAUUGGUUUUCUUUCGAAUUCUCGUCAAGUUGCUACUCUAAGUAAGACAGGGUUGUAUCGUUUCUUUAUCAAAUGUCGGGAUCUACUCUGAAAUUUGCUGUCAA